GCAGAGUUGAUGCAGAGGGAGUCUACAUGAGACGUCUGAGGCUGCGUGUAUUAAGGCGACGGCAGUAUUUUGUUCCUGGCCCAAACUCUUUGUGGCAUAUAGAUGGCCACCAUAAGCUUAUCAGGUGGAGAUUUGUUGUCCACGGUGGGGUGGAUGGAUUCAGUCGUUUAGUGGUCUACCUUACUGUGGCCGGCAAUAACAGAGCUCAUACGGUUUUACAGAGCUUUAUCGCCGCUGUUGAGCAGUAUGGGCUGCCAUCAAGGGUACGGUCUGAUAAAGGGGGGGAGAAUGCAGAUGUAGCAGAAUUCAUGAUCAGAAGCAGAGGUACCGACAGGAAUUCACACAUCACAGGCAGAAGUGUCCACAAUCAGCGAAUAGAGAGGAUGUGGAGAGAUGUUUAUGAACAUGCCCUGGACCUCUUCUAUCAGAUCUUCACUUCAUUGGAAGAUCAGGGAACAUUGAAUCCAGACAAUGAAGUCCAUCUUUUCGCUCUGCACCGGAUCUUCCUUCCACUGAUUCAGCAAAGCCUCGACUCUUUUCGAGAUGCUUGGAACUUUCACGGUCUUAGAACUGAAAGGAAUCAGUCACCACAACAUCUCUGGAGAAGUUACAGAGAGCAAGGCCCUGAGGAGGAUCCUACUGAGGUUAACAAUCAACUUUAA